UGAUGUCGGCCCAGGAGCUCGGGGCCUGCCUCUGCCGGGAGGGCGACCAGCACCUGGCCCUGGGGGAGCCGCCGCUGGCCACCGCCUUCUACCUGGCUGCCUUCAGCUGCCACGCCCCCUCUGCGGUGCGCAGCGUCCGAGCCGCCCUGGCCGAGGCUCGGGGGGCACCCGUGGUGGCCACCCUGGAAGCCUGGUGCCGAGGGGACAGCCAGAUCCCAGCCAUCCACUGGGACGGCAUGGCCGUGGUGUCCCUGACGGGCACCCUGGCCUCCGCCUUCCUGGCCACCCUGUGCCCGGACCACCCGGCCGCAGUCCUGCACUCCCUGGCCGGGCUGCUGGCCCGUGGGCGCCACAGGGAGGUGGUGAGGCAGUGUGACGCCUUGCUGGACGCCCACUCCCAGCAAGGCCUGGAGCUGCAGCUGACCCGCGCCCUGGCCCGGGUCCUGUCUGGGGAGCAGGCGGACACUGGCCUGGCCGACUACCUGCAGGCCUUCAGCUCGAGGGCCGAGCGCACAGUGGCCUUCGUCCUCACCCACCAGGAGCCCUACCUCCCCGUGCUGGUCAGCGCCCUCCAGGACCACAUCUCAAGGAGCCAGCAGGCUGGGGACAGUGCCAGGCAGCAGGACACCGAUGGCCAGAGGCUCCUAGCAGCCCUGGACCCCGGGGGCAGCUGGAGCAGCGCCCUGUCCCCCGAAGCUCUGCUCCACAGUGGCCGGUACAAAGACUGCCGGGCGGCGUGCAGCCGGGCCCUCUUGGCCGACCGGACCAGCCGCAGACCCCAAGGUGAGCGCCUGGCUGCCUUGCUGGUCACCCGCGCGGCCGCAGCCUUCUUCCUGGACAGCGGGGCCCAGGACCUGCUUCGGGACCUGCACGAGGCCUUCCGCGAGAGCCCCUCGGGGGCGCGGAGGCAGUUCGAGGCCGUGCUCUCGGCAGAGGACCGGGAGCGAGUGCGGAUCCAGGCUCAGGAAGUGGCGGACGUGGGUUUUGCCCACUUCCAAGAGGCCGUGCGGAGCCGCCCCGAGCUCCGCAAGGACUCGGACCGCGAGCUGCUGGCCCCGGUGACCCGCGCUCUCCGUGUCCUGCUGCGCGUGGCGCCGCCCGGCACGCGCCCAGCACUGGGAGCCCGCCUCGCCGAGUGCCUGCUGCUGGCCGGGGAUGCGGCGGGCGCCCGGGCGCUGUGCGAGCGCCUGCUGCGGCCCGCACGCCCCAGAGAUCAAGCUGGAGAACGCGCCUUUGACCGUGCGCCUCUGCUGGCGCUUCGAGGCUUCUGCGCGCUGCACACCGGCGACGCGCGAGGUGCCCGGGAGGAUUUCCAGGAGGUUGUGGAGCAGGGGCGGCCGCACCCGGCUGGCUGUGUGCGUGCGCUGUGCGGCCGCGGGCUGCUGCGCGUGCUGUCGGGCAGCGCGUUCCUGGGCGCGCUGGACUAUGUCACCGCCUGCCGCCUGCGGCCGGACGAGGCUCUGCUCGUCGCCAAGGCCUACGUGCCCUGGAACCAGCGGGGGCUGCUGCUGACCGUGCUGCGCGAGGAGGGCCGCAGGAUGCUGCAGCGGAGGCCGGACCCGGGACCCACGGGCGCGCGGGGCCGCCGGAGGCAGGCCGCGGAGGUGGACAGCCGGGCGGCGCCAGAAGGGAACACCCAGGGCGUGUACCAGCUGGCCAUGCUCCUGAUGGAACUGGAUGCCGAGGACGAGGCUUCGCGCCUCCUGGCCGCCGACGCCCUGUACCGCCUGGGCCGCCUGGGCGACGCCCACAAGGCACUGCUGGUGGCCCUCCCCCGAAGGCCCCAGGCGGCCCCUGUGCUGGCGCGGCUGGCCCUGCUGCAGCUGCGGAGGGGUUUCUUCUACGACGCCGACCAGCUGGUGAAGAAGGUCGUCCAGUCCGGGGACACGACUUGUCUCCAGCCCACCCUGGAUGUCUUCUGCGAAGAGGACCGGCAGCUGCUACAGGGCCACUGCCACUCCCGGGCCCUGGCCAUCCUGCGGACGCAGCCAGGAGGGGCAGAGAGCGAGGCUCACACCAGGGAGGCCAUCGCCUACCUCUCUCUGGCCAUCUUUGCUGCAGGGGGUCAGGCGAGUGAGUCCCUGCUCAUCCGUGCUCGGUGUUACGGGUUCCUGGGCCAGAGGAAGACGGCCAUGUUCGACUUCAACUCCGUGCUGCGGGCCGAGCCUGGGAACGUGCAGGCGUUGUGCGGCCGGGCGCUCCUGCACCUGGCCCUGGGCCAGCGGCAGGAGGCCGUGGACGACACCCUCUUGGCCCUGCAGCUGGACGCACACACAGCGGUCCCUGAGAUCCGCUCACUGAAGCCAGAGGCCCAAGCCCUCCUCACGCAGGGCCUGUCCUCCCGCUGCCGGGACCUGCUGAACCAACAACUAGACACCAGGGCCCCCAUCAGUGACAGCGACGCCCAGGGCCUCCUCGCCGCAGGGGAGGCCCUGGUCAGAAUCGAGGCGGGGCGGCUGAGUGGGCACCUCCUCCUGGUGGACGUGCUCGCCACAGUGGGCAGCUACGAGGAGGCUGGUGCCCGCCUACAAAAAGCCCUGCACCCCACCCCACCAUCAGAGGCGGCCCAGGCCCGGCGAGGGCUGCUCCGGCUCAAGCAGGGAGACGUGCCAGCUGCUUCCCGGGACCUGCAGUGCCUGGCGGAGACGGACGCUGGGGACCUCGGCUUCCUGCUGCGUCUCCUGGAGGCCUCGGAGAGGCAGAGCCUGGCCCAGGCCGCAGUCCAGGAAGCCCGCAGCCUCCUGACCGCAGGGCAGCCCAGGCAGGCCCUGGGCUACUGCUCGCUGGCCGUCCUGGCCGGUGGUGGCAGUGCCUGCCACCUGCGCCUGCGGGCCACCUGCCUGGCGGAGCUGCAGGAGUUCAACCGGGCACUCAGAGACCUGGACCUUGUGCUCCAGGAAGAUGCGGGCGGUGGUGACCUCUCAGUGAGGGCAGAGGACUUGUGCUGCAGGGGCCGCCUGCUCCUAAGCCUGGGGGACGAGGCUGGGGCCACUGGGGCCUUCACCCAGGCCCUCAGGCUGGCACCCGCCCCAGCCCAAAGCAGCCUGUGGGCGCAACCAGGCCGGGCCCCCGUCGCCCAGGCAUUGCUGCACCAGGGGCAGCGCUGCCUGCAGGGCCAGCUGUAUGCAGAGGCCUGGGCAGCGGCUGAGAGUGGUCUGCUGCUCGACCCCCAGCACAGCGGCCUGAAGAGGCUGAGGGCGAGGAUCCGCAGGGAGGCAGCCUCCGGCUGCCGGCUCCACUGACCCCGCGCUCCCCAAGCCCAGUCACAGGUCCCCCUUGUCACUUUUCCCCCAAACCAGGGGGGGGGGUCACGCCUCCCUCCCUCCAAGGCCUGGUGGGUGGCUCCUCAGUGGACAGCCAGCCCUGGGAAGCAGAGUGAAGGGAGACCCAGGGCCCCUUGCUGCAGCGGUGUCCGUGGUCCUGGCCUGGGGCCAGCAGGUUGGACACGGACUAAGGUCAGCCCCAGGUGGCCCUGGGGAGAGGGGGGAUGAAGCUGCCUUUGAUCUUGGCCUAAGCCUCAGACAGGUCCCCCAAGCACAGAACUCCCCAGCUGGGCCCUGCUGGCUGAGACCCCUGCUUUGAUGAAGCCGUUCUCCUGGGGAGCCCAGGGCCCAAACCCACCACUGCAGCCAUGGGGACAAUGUGGGCCCGCCCCCUGCCAAGCAGAGAGAGAGUGAGCCCACCCCAUUAAGGAACAGAGAGGCAGAAGGUGGGGAUCUGCAGGGAGAGGCUGGGCUUCUCUUUGGCUCUUCUGGCAAAGCGGUGGGGGUGUACAGGGUGCAUCCCCUGUGGAUUAAACUUGCCCUCAAUUUGCUUGGAAAACCUUCUUGGGCUGGGGGUGAGGAGUGCAGUCCUGCCUGUGGCCACGGGUUUGCCUCACAGAGGCCAGGGCCAGAUCACAGGAUUUUCUCUCAGAUUCGUGAACGAGCCGUGCUAGACAGGCCACUGAAAACCUGGACCUGGGACCUUUUCUGCAGUGGCUCGUAUGGACGAGGCAACUUGAAGGCCGUGAGGCAGGGGCUGGCCCAGAGGUCAUGGUCAGAGGAGAAGGCCCAGCCCCCAAGCUUCAGGAAGAGAGAGCUAGUCCGGCGGCAUCAUCACCUGCGUGCAUUUGCACCUGCUGUGCCCCGUCAGGGCGUCCUGACCCCACCUCUCCACCCAGGGCCAUGUCAGAGCUGCCCUGCCAAUGCCCCAUCAGGGGUACCUCCUGACAAGCUGCUGCUCACCCAUCACUUCUCUCUUACACCUGUGUCACCAUUCUCCGUCAGCCUGGGCCUGUCCUGGCCUUGCCACCUGCCCUGAAAGCAGGAGGCCAGGCCUGAGGGCCAAGGACAGGCCUCACUUUCCUGUGCCCCUUCCCUGCUGGGAGGGUUCCAAGACCACCCUGCAGUGACCCCCCACACCCCACCGCCAUCAUGGCCUGCAGGGGUCUCCCCAGGGCUGCCCUGGCCCAGAGUCCCAGGACCUGGUGCUCUGC